AUGGGCUCCCUCUUCAGAAGUGAGGAGAUGCAGUUAUCUCAGGUGUUUUUGCACACCGACAUCGCUUAUAUGUGCAUAUCUGAACUUGGAGAGCUCGGGCUGGUUCAGUUCCGUGAUACUGCCGCUGGGACAAGCGCUUUUCAGCGUAAAUUUGUAAAUGAAGUGAGGAGAUGCGACGAAAUGGAAAGGAAGCUCCGCUUUCUCGAAAAGGAAAUAGUAAAAGAUAAUUUCCCAAUACUUGACACGGGUGAAAAUCCCGAAGCACCUGCACCCCGCGAAAUAAUAGAUCUUGAAGGGAUUUUUGAAAAACUCGAAAAUGAACUGCGGGAAGUUAACGCCAGCGCAGAAGAACUCACAAAAGCACAUAUAAAGUUAUGUGAAGUGAAACAAAUACUCCGGAAGACGCAAAGUUUCUUUGAGGAGGUAAAUUACUCGGAUGGUCGGAUUUUAUCUUCACUCGCCGGCGUGAUUGAUAGAGAUCGCUUGCCAGCGUUUGAGCGAAUGCUGUGGCGUGCUUGCCGCGGUAACGUGUUUUUAAAGCAAGCUGAAAUAGACGAACCACUCGAGGAUCCAACCACGGGAGCCAAAGUACACAAGGCGGUAUUCUUAGUUUUCUUCCAAGGUGAUCAGUUACGCACACGUGUUAAACGUAUUUGUGAAGGUAAACUUCGCUUUCUUGGGCUUCAUUUUUUUCUUUUCGCCGAUCGUCGUAAUAUGGCUAUUGAUGUAAUGCAGAAAAUUGAGGAUUUGGAAACCGUCUUGAGCCAAACGAGACAACAUCGCCAGCGCAUCUUAGAAGCCGCGGCUAAGAAUCUACGCGUUUGGUUUAUCAAAGUGCGAAAAAUCAAAGCUAUCUAUCAUACUUUGAAUCUGUUCAAUUUGGAUGUGACCACAAAAUGUAUGGUUGGCGAAUGCUGGUGCGCAGUUAAUGACGUAGACAAGAUUCAUUUGGCUUUGCGUCGUGGUAUGGAGAGGAGCAAUAGCACACUCCAACCGAUUCUCAAUGGUCUAACAACAAGAGAAAGCCCACCUACCUACCAUCGGACCAACAAAUUUACCGCAGCUUUUCAAAAUAUAAUUGACGCUUAUGGUGUAGCACGGUACCGUGAAGUUAACCCGGCUAUUUUUCCUAUAGCUUUGAUUUUCUUGUUAUCCCAGGCGCAGAAGUCUACGAACGAGGUGUGGUCAACGUUUUUCAGUGGUCGUUACAUAAUCCUACUCAUGGGUAUCUUUUCCAUCUACACCGGAUUGAUAUACAAUGACGUGUUUUCUCGCUCGUUGAACAUAUUCGGCUCUUCAUGGUACCCGGCUUUCGACAAUGAAACCUUAUCCACAUCUGAAAGUGUUCAGUUGGAUCCGAGAACAGUGAAUCGAACGACAGAUCGCAUGUAUGCUGGCUAUCCCUACCCAUUUGGAUUAGACCCAGUUUGGCAAAUGGCUACGAAUAAAAUCAUGCUGACCAAUUCAAUCAAAAUGAAGAUGUCGAUUGUAUUGGGAGUGUUGCACAUGCUUAUGGGCGUAAUUCUGGGGGCGUUCAACCAUCGGUGA